UCAAAGUCCUCUUCUAUCUCUCAAUACAUUUUGCACCCAACUCUACCAACUGGGUUGUCUUCUGUUUCUGUCACUAUCUGCAGGAACACUAGAGCCAUGGAAAUGGAUGCAGACUCUCAGGAAAGAGAAGCACUCCACCAUGAAGGCCAGAACAAAAAGGAGAAAUUCAGUGUAGGGUCUCUCUGGGAUUUGCUAUGGAGUCCUAUAAAUUGGGUCAAAAUGCUCAGUAGUGAGUUGCAUUGGAGCUUUGUGGUCAGCGUGAUUAUUGUGUAUGGAAUCAGUCAGGGUCUCAGUAUGGGAUUGAGUAGAGUUAGCAUACAGUAUUACUUGAAAGAUGAGCAGAAAGUGCAGCCCUCUGAGGCCCAAGUUUAUUUGGGGAUCAUUCAAAUUCCAUGGCUUUGGGGUCUUUUCACUGAUGCUCUUCCUAUUCUUGGGUACCGCAGAAAGCCUUACUUUGUUUUUGCUGGUGUAAUUGGGGUUGUGUCCAUGCUUGUGCUAUCACUGGACAAGAAAUUAGAUCUCACAUUGUCCCUGUUGUCCCUCAUGGUGGGGAGUGCUGGAGUAACAAUAGCAGAUGUGACAAUUGAUGCUUGUGUUACAGAAAACAGUAUUAGUCACCCAUCCCUUGCUGGCGAUAUGCAAAGCUUAUGUGGAUUGAACUCUUCAAUUGGGGCACUGGUGGGAUUCUCAAUUAGUGGAUUUUUUGUUCACCUUCUAGGGCCUAAGGGUGUGUUUGGGUUGCUCAGCAUUCCUCCGGCUCUAGUCAAUUUUGUAGGGAUGAUGCUUAGAGAAUCCCAUUUCCACAACUUUUCUCAUAGACGGGUCAGUGAAAUGUUUGCGGAUUCUGGAAAGGUUAUGUGGACGACUCUAAAAUGCAGCCGUGUAUGGAGGCGUUGUUUGUACAUGUAUCUGUCACUUGCUUUGAGCUUGAGUGUCCGUGAAGGAAUGUUUUACUGGUACACAGAUGUAAAGGGAGGGCCAUCUUUCUCAAAGGAGGUUGUUGGGUCUAUAUACUCUGUUGGUGCUCUUGGCUCCCUUCUAGGGGUCCUCCUCUACCAAAACAUUCUGAGAAAUUGCCCUUUCCGUGAUGUGCUAUUCUGGGCUCAGUUACUCUAUGGUCUAUCAGGAUUGUUAGACUUGGUGUUUGUGUUGCGCAUAAAUUUGAAAUUUGGUUUACCAGACUAUCUUUUUGUUGUGAUUGAUGAGGCAGUUACUCAUAUGAUUGGGCGUCUUAAGUGGAUGCCUCUCCUUGUACUUAGUUUGAAACUCUGCCCUGCUGGUAUAGAAGGCACUUUCUUUGCUCUGCUCAUGUCCAUUGAUCAUGUUGGCAUUCUUACAUCUACUUGGGUUGGAGGCCUCUUACUCCACAUCUUGAAUAUCACACGGACACAGUUUGAUAAUCUUUGGAUUGCCAUUUUGAUACGGAGCAUAUUGAGAAUUUUACCAAUUGCACUACUUUUCUUAAUACCUCGAGCUGAUCCAAAUUCCUCCAUUCUUCCAUCUGAGAUGUUGAGGACCAAAAAAGGUGAUGAUCUUGAGUCUGAAAAUCUUGAAAUGGCCUCCCUUGUCAAUGCUACCUGACCAGAGCGAAGGAAGUAUACGAUUUCGAUUUGAAGAAAGAUUAACAUAUAGUGAAUAGUGACUGUUGUCCAUACUGGAGAUAAAGAUUCAAAUACCAGAACUACCUCCCUGACAGGUGGCCAUAUAAAAUUCCACCAAAUUAGUAAGGGACAUGAUUAUUGCCACAGUCAAGAACGCAGGUUUACAAGCUUCUUUGGUCACUUAUAGUUUGUUAUUGUCUUACAGUUACGAGAAGGUAGCUGGAGAAGCUUGACGGUUUGAGGUCCCUCAUCCUUGAGUUUUUUUAGUACAUUUUAAAUUGGAAAUCUUAUAUGUUCAGACGUCUUGAUAUCUCCAAUUUGACCUGCUUUCAGUAGCAAUAUAAGCUGUUCAAAGGAGUUGAAUACAAUAUACACAGACCAUACUUUAUUGCCCUUACAAUAUCGAGGACCAGUGGCUUCGCACCAGAAACUCCACGGUGAUGACAGAACUUAUUUUUCUUUUCCUUAGUGUUCUAAUAUUCUCGCAAAACCUGUUCAUUAUUAGUUAUUGAACCUUUGCUGGUAGUAUCUACCCUAGUCUAUAACACGAGAAACAAUUCGUCUUUUGUGUAAGAAAUGAGUUUCCACUAUAUGAAGAAACA